AGUUCACCCCGGAAGUACAAUAUACAAGUAGGUGCAUCAAGAUUCGGGGAAAAACCAAUUCUAUCCAAGUAGAAAAACAAGUUAUAUUACAGAAAAUCAGCCAUGUUUGGAUCAUCUGCUAAAGGCACCUUUGAUCGGAAUGUUGAUAAAGCAGCAAGUCAGCUUUUGUUAGAGCCAGAUUGGGAAGCGACGCUCCAGAUAUGUGAUGCUAUCAGACAAAAAGAUGUCACUCCCAAGUAUGCCUUGGGUAUGAUCAGGAAGAAGUUAUAUGACAAGAAUCCAAGGGUCACCCUCUAUGCUCUACAGGUUUUGGAGUCAUGUGUGAAGAAUUGUGGAACAGGGAUUCAUGAAGAGGUCGCGACCCCUCAGUUUAUGGAUGACAUCAAGGAACUAGUUCUGUCAAGCAAUGAAGCAGUGAAAAGCAAGACUUUAGAACUGAUCCAGGCCUGGGCCCAAGCCUUUAGGAAUGAACCAAGCCUGAAGAUAGUCUGCGAUACCUGCAGCCAGCUCAAAGGAGAAGGACAUUCAUUCCCUCAGCUGAAAGAGAGUGAUGCUAUGUUUGUGGCUGAAAAGGCCCCAGAUUGGGCAGAAGGGGAGAGAUGUUACACUUGUAGGACUGAGUUUGGCAUGCUACAGAGACAGCACCAUUGUCGUCAUUGUGGCCAAGUCUUCUGUAGCAAGUGCUCUUCUAAAAACGCCACCAUUCCUAAGUUUGGCAUUGAGAAACCUGUCAGGGUGUGUGACACCUGCCAUGAGAAGCUCCAAGGCAAGUCAAGUUCAAGCAAGUCCACAAGCUCAAGUGGUACCAAGGAGAAUGAUUUACCAGAUGAGUACCUGAAUAGUCCUCUAGCACAACAAUCUCAGCUUCCACCACAACGUAAUGAGGCUGAUCUUCAAGAAGAAGAGGAGCUUCAGUUAGCUAUGGCUCUCUCGCUGGAUGAAGCAGCAAAUAAACAUAUUAUCAAAGGAGGCAAAGCCACUACUUCAAGUACGACUGCUUCUGCUGUACCCGGCUCUGUAUACAACUCUAGCGUCUCAUCUGCUCCAGCCCCAGAGCCAGAAUUGGAUCCUGAGCUUGCCCGCUACCUGAACCGGUCAUACUGGGAGCAAAAGCAGCAGGAGAAUCGCAGUGCAAUGCCCUCAGCUCCGUCUGGUGGGGGCGACAUUGUCCCAGCAACAGCCCCACCCUUUUCACAGUCCACCUCAUCUUUGCCUCAGUAUUCUCAGAGUAAGACGUUUGAGGAGCAACAGAAUGGUGCCCCUGAACCAGAGAACCAGGAACUGAUCAACAACAUGUCAAGCAGCAUGGAUGUCCUGGUGAACCGCAUGAAGAGCGACUCAUCGCGCGGCCGGAGCAUCGCAAGCGAUACCACGGUCCAGGGAUUAUUCCAGGUCCUAUCCAGCAUGCAUCCUAGGCUGCUUAAAAUGCUACAGGAGAAGGAAGAAAAGAGAGCUCAAAUGGAGGCGCUGCAGGAUAAACUGGCUCAGAUUCGAGAUGCUCGCGAGGCUCUGGAUGCUCUCCGGGAAGAACAUCGUGAGAAGCUAAGACGAGAGGCAGAAGAGGCGGAGAGACUCCGUCAGAUUCAGAUGGCUCACAAGCUGGAGAUCAUGAGGAGAAAGAAACAGGAGAUGCUUCAGUUCCAGCAGCAGCAGGCUUUGCUGAAGAUGCAGGAACAAGAAAGAGAGAGACAGAUGUGGCUAGAACAACAGAAGCAACAACAGCAAAUGAGGCAGAUACAAUACACAGCUUAUGGCAUGGGUGGCAUGAAUCAACCUGGCAUGAUGCCGCAAGGUGGUAUGGCGCCCCCACCUGGUGGAAUGCAACACGCCCCUCCUGGCCAGUUUGUGCAGCAGCAGCAGUAUGGGUCCCCUUCCCAUGCCCCCUAUGGAAUGGCCCCACCCCAGGGGAGUUACCCCAAUGGUCCCCCCCCUCCUACCACCCAGAUGGACGCUGGCCAGCCAACCACCCAGGUGGGUUACAUCCAACCUCCUUCAGGCUACCAGGUACCGCUCCAACAACAGCAACAGCCCGCACCACCACCACAACAACAAAUGCCACCCCAACAGCAGCAGCAGCAACAACAAUUUCAGCAACCAAUGGCUGGUGGUGGAGGCUAUUCUUCUGGGCAAUAUGGUGCACCUCCCCAGCAGCAACAACAGCAGCAACAAACGCAGCCUCAACCUGGUAGCAUGAAUCAGAGCUUCGGGUCACCUCACUCAUCGCUUGACUAUCGGCAGCAGCAGCAGCCACCACCGCAGCAACAACAGCAACCACAAUACCAGCCACAAGCAGGCAACCCCUACAACAUGCAAGCUAUGGCCGGUGCUCUACCGCAAGGCCAGGUACCGCCACAAGCGCAAGUGCCACCACAAGGGCAGGUGCCACCACAAGGGCAAGUUCCACCACAAGGUCAAUAUGGAUCUCCAGCGCCACAGCAAUAUCAACCACAGGGCCAGCAACAGAUGAUGGGUGCAGGUGGCAUGCAGCAGAUGGUUCCCCCUGGUAUGCAACAACAACAGCAACCACCCCCUGGCAUGCAACAGCCCCCUCCUCAGCAGCAACGUGAGGACACAUUGAUUUCUUUCGAAUAAUAGUUCAAGGAAAUCUCAUCAGUUAUUUUGUGUAAGCAUUCUUAUUCAUCUUCGUUCUGAAGAAUAAUUGUACUCGUCUCAUGUUCGCUCUGUCCCUCUCAUUCUCUUUCUUUCCCUAUUUUUCUUCCCUUCUAUCUUGUUACAAAAAUGCCACUUGUACUGUGACAAAGAAAUCACUCAUAAUUCAUACUAUAUCCCUUCCAUUAAUACUCAUGAGUAUUCUGAAUUAUUGGUUGGUGAUAAUAGAUAACCUUUCGCUAUGUAAACUUCUGGUCUGGAAAAAAAUAUUAAAAACUAUUUAAAGCUCUCACCUUGUCUUGGGCAUGGUGCAACAGUUAGUUUUAUCUAGUGGGCAGCCCUUGCAAUGUAGCAGCAUAGAUACUGAUCAGGUUCGGCUGAGUGCAGUGGUGGAACAAAUUUGGUCCAGAAUGGGAAUGCUGACCAGCUAGGACAAGAUUACCAAAAUUUGUUGUUUAUACUUAAAGAAUGGAUAUAAAACAAUUUUUUUAAAAGUAUUAGUGGGAAUCAUUCAGUCCUUGGUUGGGCUGGCGAUAUUACUUGCCAGUCCAACUUCGGAUGAAUAAUUCCCCACUGUGCUUUCUCGAAGCCUGGUAUAUUUGUAUUUGAUUAAUCAUAAAUCUAUGGUAGACCAUGAACAUGUACCUGAUUAUAUUUUUUUGUCCAAAGCAGAGUUAUAUAUUUCAUCCAUUAUUAAUCCAUGAUUAUAUUUUGAUCUAUCCAAAGUAUAUAGCAUAUGUGUAUAUCAAGCAGAUUGCAGAGAGAAAAUAACCCAAUUAUACAUAAAAUGUGUAUUAAGUACAUGUAAGCAGUGGCAUUGUGAUGUUAUGUGUCAACAAUUGCUCACCCCCCCCCCAACUCUUUGUCCAAGUUGAAAGUUCUGUUUACAUUUUCAGAUUGAAAAAAAAGCUCAGUCUGUAAACCGAAAAGUGGUAUAAAUAUAUGAGUAGUAGUUUAUGAAUUAAAAUGUUACAUUCUCAUGUCCUGGUAUGGUAGUAAUGAUAAAUAUUUUUCGUAAGUGAAAAAUCUGAGCUAAUAUUUGGAAAUUGAAUCAUACUGUUUCCAUUUGAAUUAAUUUUACUACCUAGAAAUGAUGUAAACACAUGAGUUGAAGUCAAAGAAUCUAGAUAUCUCAAAUUGAUAUAUUCACAGGUAAUCCACAAUAUCUUCUAUAUACAUGUAAAUGAAAUUGACUGUCAACAUGUAGUGUAUAUGGCUUAGUCUAUGGUGUAGGAAUAUUUGCGCAUUUCACAAGGCACAGUAAUAUACUAGCAUGAAAAUAAAACGGUAUGCUUGUAGUGGCAAUGUUCAAGUGAAAGCGCUCUAUAAAUGCUGUAAAAUGUGGAUAUUUGCUAUUGUUUACCUGAUUGUUAUUUCUAAUUAUCUGCCAAAGUUGAAAAAUGGUUGGGUUUUGCUUGGCUAGGCACCAAAAUAAAUCAACUGUGUGAAAGUUUAUUUUACUUUUACGCUGCUAUAUACAUGUAUGAAGCAAGCUGACAUAAAUGGUUUAGUUUGGUAGAGACGUUUUUACCAGAUAUAUAGUUAAAAGUUUAAUUGUAGUAUGUAUAUGUGGGAUUAAGAAUAUCAAGCAUGAAGAAUUUAAAUUGAUAAGAUGGGUGAAAACCUAAAAUUGGUCUCUUUAUAUAGGGAGUGGAGUGGUUAACAAUAAGAUUAUUCAUCAAAUUUCUUGGAUAAAAAUAUACAAAGAUAGAUUUUAGAUAUAUUGGUUUAUAAAAUAACUUCAUGUUUUAACAUAUGUAUGUGUAAUGAAAUAUAUUGAUACUGUCAAAUAUAUUUUAAAUAAUCGCUAAUUUUUUUUUGUUCAAUCAGUGUAUAAUAAUAUCUAAUAUGUAACAUUGUCGAAUCCAGAGAUUCUAAACAAGUUGGAUGUUAUAUUGGUUAAAUAUAUUAAUGUGGACUAGUGUACAUGUAUUCUUGAAGCAUGUAGGGAUCAACUUGCAAUAUUAUCAUGUAAAUGACUCGUCAAGACAAGUAAAGGAAUAAAUAUGAGUCUUAAAAGAUAUAAA